GCUGAGGUGCGGGGCGGCCGCCGGCGCCUUUGUGAGCGGCGCGGACAACAAAGGCGCGGCCGAGCGGCCGGAGCCGAGGUCAAGGGCAAGGAACUCACCUCUUCGUGCCAGGCACUGAACAGGGCACUCUGGGAGGAUUAGUGCACUGAGUCCUCACGGUUCCCGAGACUCAGAGAGGUUAAGCAACUUGCCCGAGGUCACACAGCAUAACACGGCAUCCAGGCUUCUGCUGGUUUCGUGAGUGAAACAACCAGAGUCUCAAAGGUGGGAGCAGGUGGCAAGUAACCUCUGCGAGGGGCUCACAGGAGGCUCCGGUGGACCGUCACCACGUGCAGGCGAGCGCUGGGACGGUGCUGGUGAGCUGCAUCCUGUCUGAUGGCUUCCUCCCAUCCUCCACAGGCUGCCAUAGGAGAUCAGCUGCUUCCUGGAGGCCCAGGCCCCUCCCCCGAGGCAGAGGACGACCCUGGCGAGGCCUUUGAGUUUGAUGACAGCGACGAUGAUGACGAGGACACCAGUGCUGGCCUGGGCGUCCCAGGCGCUGCUCCAGAGAAGGAGGCGGAAGACGCCCCACUGAUCCACUUGGACUCCACCCCCGUCGCUGACCCAGACCCAGAGGCUGCACCGCCCCAGACACAGGGGCUGGCUGUGGUGAGCAAUGGGGAUGCCGUGGACACAGCUUUCCCUGGGGUCCGGCACUCCAGCUGGAGACGGAAGAGCUCCCGUCGCAUCGACCGGUUUACUUUCCCCGCCCUGGAAGAAGAUGUGAUUUACGACGACGUCCCCUGCGAGAACCUGGACGCCCAUCAACCCGCAGGGGCAGAGAGGAACCUGCUCUACGAGGAUGUGCACCGGGACGGGGCACCCCGGGAGACGGAGGACCUAGGCUGGAGCUCCAGUGAGUUUGAGAGCUACAGCGAGGACUCCGGAGAGGAGGCCAAGCCGGAGGCGGAGCCCGCCAAGCACCGAGUGUCCUUCCAGCCCAAGCUUUCUCCAGACCUGACUAGGCUAAAGGAGCGAUGCGCCAGGACUAAGAGAGACAUCUUGGCUUUAAGAGUUGGGGGGAGAGACAUGCAGGAGCUGAAGCACAAGUACGAUUAUAAGAUGACCCAGCUCAUGAAGGCUGCCAAGAGCGGGACCAAGGACGGGCUGGAGAAGACGAGGAUCGCCGUCAUGCGCAAAGUGUCCUUUCUGCACAGGAAGGAUGUCCUCGGUGACUCGGAGGAGGAGGACAUGGGGCUCCUGGAGGUCAGCGUUACGGACAUCAAGCCCCCAGCCCCGGAGCUGGGCCCCAUGCCAGACGGCCUGAGUCCGCAGCAGGUGGUCCGGAGGCACAUUCUGGGCUCCAUCGUGCAAAGCGAAGGCAGCUAUGUGGAGUCUCUGAAGCGGGUACUCCAGGAUUACCGCAACCCCCUGAUGGAGAUGGAGCCCAAGGCGCUGAGUGCCCGCAAGUGCCAGGUGGUGUUCUUCCGCGUGAAGGAGAUCCUGCACUGCCACUCCAUGUUCCAGAUCGCCCUGUCCUCCCGCGUGGCCGAGUGGGACUCCACCGAGAAGAUUGGGGACCUCUUCGUGGCUUCGUUCUCCAAGUCCGUGGUGCUAGACGUAUACAGCGACUAUGUGAACAACUUUACCAAUGCCAUGGCCAUCAUCAAGAAGGCCUGUCUCACCAAGCCCGCCUUCCUCGACUUCCUCAAGCGGCGGCAGGUGUGUAGCCCCGACCGCGUCACGCUCUACGGGCUGAUGGUGAAACCCAUCCAGAGGUUCCCGCAGUUCAUCCUCCUGCUUCAGGACAUGCUGAAGAACACCCCCAGGGGCCACCCGGACAGGCUCUCGCUGCAGCUGGCGCUCACGGAGCUGGAGACGCUGGCUGAGAAGCUCAACGAGCAGAAACGGCUGGCCGACCAGGUGGCCGAGAUCCAGCAGCUGACCAAGAGCGUCAGUGACCGCAGCAGCCUCAGCAAGCUUUUGACCUCAGGCCAGCGUCAGCUGCUCCUGUGUGAGACGCUGACGGAGACCGUGUACGGUGACCGCGGGCAGCUGAUCAAGUCCAAGGAGCGCAGGGUCUUCCUGCUCAACGACAUGCUGGUCUGCGCCAACAUCAACUUCAAGGGCCAGCUGGAGAUCAGCAGCCUGGUGCCCCUGGGGCCCAAGUACGUGGUGAAGUGGAACACGGCACUGCCCCAGGUGCAGGUGGUGGAGGUGGGCCAGGAGGGCGGCUCCUAUGACAAGGACAACAUACUCAUCCAGCACGCCGGUGCCAAGAAGGCCUCGGCUGCAGGCCAGGCCCAGAAUAAGGUGUACCUCGGGCCCCCGCGCCUCUUCCAGGAGCUGCAGGACCUGCAGAAGGAUCUGGCUGUGGUGGAGCAGAUCACCCUCCUUGUCAGCACGCUGCACGGCACCUACCAGAACCUGAACAUGACCGUGGCUCAAGACUGGUACCUGGCCCUGCAGAGGCUUAUGCGGGUGAAGGAGGAGGAGAUCCACUCGGCCAACAAGUGCCGCCUCAGGCUCCUGCUUCCCGGGAAACCCGACAAGUCCGGCCGCCCCAUCAGCUUCAUGGUGGUCUUCAUCACCCCCAACCCCCUGAGCAAGAUCUCCUGGGUCAACAGGUUGCACUUGGCCAAGAUCGGACUCCGGGAGGAGAACCAGCCGGGCUGGCUGUGUCCGGACGAGGACAAGAAGAGCAAGGCCCCAUUCUGGUGCCCAAUCCUGGCCUGCUGCAUCCCCGCCUUCUCUUCCCGGGGCCUCAGCCUGCAGCUUGGGGCCCUGGUCCACAGCCCUGUCAGCUGUCCCCUGCUGGGCUUCUCGGCCGUCAGCACCUCCCUUCCACAGGGCUACCUCUGGGUCGGGGGCGGGCAGGAGGGUGCCGGGGGCCAGGUCGAGAUCUUCUCCCUGAACCGGCCCGCGCCCCGCACGGUCAAGUCCUUCCCGCUGGUGGCCCCUGUGCUCUGCAUGGAGUACAUUCCGGAGCCGGAGGAGGAGGAGAGCAGAGACGGAGACAAGAAGUGCUCGGCUGCUGACGCCUCGGCUGGAGUGCACCCCACCGUCUGCCUCGGGCUCCAGGAUGGCAGCAUCCUGGUUUACAGCAGCGUGGACACUGGCACCCAGUGCCUGGCGACCUGCAAGAGCCCAGGCCUGCAGCCUGUGCUCUGCCUGCGACACAGCCCCUUCCACCUGUUUGCUGGCCUGCAGGAUGGGACCCUCGCCGCGUACCCCGGGACCAGCGGAGGCGUCCCCUGGGACCUGGAGAGCCCGCCCGUGUGCCUGACUGUGGGACCUGGGCCCAUCCGCACCCUGCUGAGCCUAGAGGACACCGUGUGGGCCAGCUGUGGGCCCCGGGUCACUGUCCUGGAUGCCACCAGCUUGCAGACUCAGAUUCUGACGGCAGCACGCCGGGCUGACUGGCUGCAGAUUCAGCAAAGCUUCGAGGCGCACCAGGACGCGGCUGUGAGCGUGACACACAUGGUGAAGGCGGGCAGCGGUGUCUGGAUGGCCUUCUCCUCCGGCUCCUCCAUCCGCCUCUUUCACACGGAGACGCUGGAGCAUCUGCAGGAGAUCAACAUCGCCACCAGGACCACCUUCCUAAUGCCAGGCCAGAAGCACCUGUGUGUCACCAGCCUCCUCAUCUGCCAGGGUCUGCUCUGGGUGGGCACGGACCAGGGUGUCAUCGUCCUGCUGCCUGUACCUCGGCUGGAAGGCAUCCCUAAGAUCACAGGGAAAGGCAUGGUUUCGCUCAACGGUCACUGUGGGCCUGUGGCCUUUUUGGCCGUGGCCACCAGCAUCUUGGCCCCCGAUAUCCUGCGGAGUGACCAGGAGGAGGCCGAGGGGCCUCAAGCCGAGGAGGACAAGCCGGACAGUCAGGCUCACGAGCCAGCACCCGUGCCCGCGAGCCACGUGGGCCGAGAGCUGACUCGCAAGAAGGGCAUCCUUUUGCAGUACCGCCUGCGCUCCACCGCCCACCUCCCGGGCCCGCUGCUCUCUGUGCGGGAGCCGGAGCCCAUGGACGGCUCAGCCCUGGAGCACAGUGAGGAGGACGGCUCCAUCUACGAGAUGGCUGACGACCCCGACGUCUGGGUGCGCAGCCGGCCCUGUGCCCGUGACGCCCACCGCAAGGAGAUCUGCUCGGUGGCCAUCGUCUCUGGAGGGCAGGGCUACCGCAACUUUGGCAGCGCCCCAGGCGGCAGCGGGAAACCAGCCCCGUGUGGGGAGACAGACAGCUCCCUCCUCAUCUGGCAGGUGCCCUUGACACUAUAGCCCCCACCCAGGCCGCGCAGCUGCAGGCCUGGCCGCAGCCAAGCCAGGCUCUCGGCCUGCUGCGGACCCUCCCAGCGGUCCAGGGUCCCCAGGGAGCACUGGGUGGCAGCACCUUCCAGGGACCUGCAUGGCGCCAUGCGGACGGGCCUUGAACUCUGGUAACUACCUGAGGGGGGCAGAGGAAAACCUCUUCCUUUUUAAGAAAAAAAAAAAAAAAUUUCAGAGUGUUUAGGGGAGUGGUUUGGGUUUGGGGAGAGGGAGGACACCUCUGGAGAAGAUGGCCUUCUUUUUAAAAGCAAAAAACACAAAACCUCACAAUUGCCUGGCAAGCCCAGUGCCUCUUGUCCAGGCCCGAGCGGGGCUCAGGGGCGGCCACGCACCCUUCCUGGAAGGGUGCGUGUGUGUGAGUGUAUGAGAGUGUGUGAGCUGGUGUGUGAAUAUAUAUAAAUACGUAUAUAUGGUGUAUAUUAUAUGUGUAUAAAGUCUGUACAUAUUGGAGCUCUGGGAGAUGCUGGAAUAAAAGGCAAGAAUAACGUCAGUACUUGGAUUGAGGGUUGUUCUUUUGUUUCGUUGUUUCGAGAUGUGAUGGGGGAAGAGACAGAGCAGCUGUCACUGGAUAGGGGUGGUUCUGGAACCAGCAGGAAGGAUCCAGGCCAGGCACCGCGAGAACAGGCCCUAGAACUGUG